CGCGUCGUCGUCGUCAUCGCAGCACUAUGAACGAUGGCGUGUCCUCCAAGCGACGCGUGCAUAUAUAUAGAUGAAUCAUAAACUUCCGUAAAACACCCUUGUUGACAGCUCCCACCAACGUAUCUCGAGAAACUGAUCGCUCAAGACGUGAAAUAUGCUCCUCUCAACGCUCCUCUCCACCACCCUCGCUCUCGCAGGCGUCACGUCCGCCCAAGGCUACGAUCUCCCGCUCUCCGCCCCGCUCCAAUCCAUCCUCUACAAUGCCCGCAACUCCUCCCUGACCCGUUACCCGACGCAAUUGACCCAAGGCAUCAUCCCCAUCGCCAUCCACUCUCACAACGACUACUGGCGGCCCGUGCCCUUCUACUCUGCGCUCUCCGUCGGCGCCUACAGCAUCGAAGCCGACGUCUGGCUCCUCAACGGCACAUUAUACGUCGGCCACGAAAUCUCCGCCCUGACCCCCGCGCGCACCUUCCACUCUCUCUACAUCGCGCCCCUCCUGGACACCCUCCGCCGCCAGAACCCUAACACGACCUUCGUAUCCUCCGCCUCGACCAGGAACGGCGUCUACGACACCGCGAGUACCCAGACCCUCUACCUCUUCGUGGACGUCAAAACCGACGGACCGACGACCUGGCCCGCCGUCAUCUCCGCCCUUCAGCCUCUCCGCUCCGCAGGCUUCCUCGCCCGUGUGGAGAACGGCUCCUCCAGCAUCGUCCCGGGCGCCGUCACGGUCAUCGGCACGGGCAACACCCCGCUGAACCAAAUCCAGGGCGUGAGCCCGCGGGAUUACUUCUACGACGCACCGAUCCCCACGCUGAAUUCGACAUUCGCCAACAUCACCGCAGCCGUCUCGCCGAUCGCGAGCACGAAUUUCGCGGCCCAGUUCGGCGAUGUGCGGAAUCAGACUUUCAAUGCCUCGCAGUUGGCGCUCCUGCAGGCGCAGGUAAAGACGGCGCAUUCCAAGGGCAUCAUGGUCCGAUACUGGAACCAGCCGGGUUGGCCUGUUGGGACGCGGAAUGCGGUAUGGAGGACGCUGUGGGACGCCAGGGUGGAUUUGUUGAACGUGGAUGAUUUGGAAGGGGUGGUGAACUUUUGGGAGAAUAGGGGUUAAAACGCCUCGCGGUAAAGAACAGCAGAUUUCCGCGACAGGUCCCGAGAGACAGGAUUUGGGCGAUGGGAAAAAGUGCUCGAUGAGAGCCGCCCAUGAUUGAUGAAUUGACGAAUUUUAUUCUAGAGUAAUGAUUCAUUGAUGAACCAAGUCUCGUCCGGAUCUUCUUCCGUCUCAGGCCUCAUCACUGCGUUUUCCCGCUUCUUCCGUCGCGCAGCUGCUGCCUCGCUCUGUUUUUCGGCUCUCUCGUUCAGCGGUGUGAAAGUCACGGGAUUCUUCUUGGCUUCGCCAGGGCCUUCGGAUUUGAAUUGAUAUCCUCGCAUUCUAAUUUUCCCACGAGGUUA